GUUUACACAGCACAGCAUAAACUUUUGUACGAGCUCGGAGCUCAAAUCGCGUCUCGCGAAACGGCAGCCUGAUACUUUGGUUCGGAGUGGCGCGGUGGCGCGUCGGAGCGAUCUGCUAGGUAAACAGACUUUUAGCAACGAUUUCACUUCCCGGCAGGCGGACCUAACGGCUCCUGACGGGCUUUCGGGAGUUGGGCUGUCACCGACUGGCGGAAAAUCCCUCGACCCUGGACGAUCGUAGGAUCGUCCCUCGUCAGCUGCUGAAAGAGGUAGUGGACCCUUAACACCUCACUGAGAUAUCACACCGUUACUGAUUGCCAGAAGCUUCCGAAGAAGAGUUUCCGACACAACGGCCCAAGGAUACUUCUACCGGCAGGGUCCUAUUUGUUGUCUCCGGCGAUUAUGAAAAUUCCGGUAGACGGGAUAGGUAGAUGCUGCCCGCGCGCGUGCCCUAGAUCUCUCGAUCCUUUGGCCAAAAUACCAAAUCUUCCACGCCUCGAGGCUCGCUGAUGCACCAAACUCCCGCCCUAGCCUUUCCAUAUUCAGACACGAACAUCCCAGUAGACGAUGCAGACAAAGAGGCAACAGUUACACGUAUUAAUAGGGCGCGCCCCUCGCAAUAUUUCGACACUCUACACUCCCCUGCGUCUCUCAGCUUCACACUACCGCGCCCUAACAUACUCAACUCGCGCUCACCAUGCCCCCCGCUCGCCGAAUGCCCCCCGCCCGCCGAAGCAAGUACUCCCCGUUGGGGGACCCCACAAGCACGUCGAUGGACGAAUUUGUUUUUCAGCGAUGGCUCCAGGAGCGCAAGCUUCCUGCGUUUGCGGAACUUGGCCUCGACCACAUGACUGUCAGCCUUCGGCCCGUGGGGAACGGCAACAAGGUAUGUCAACUU